AUGUUAGACACUACACGUUUAGGCAAUUAUUUUCGUAUGUCUCCAUUUUCAUUUGAAUGUAAUAUUCCAAAUUAUUUUCAACCACUUCAUCUUCGUGUACAAUCAGCAUUUAUAUCACUCCAAAAUAUGUCACGAUAUCCAUUGAAAUAUUAUCAAAUUCCUCCACUUUUUGCUGAACCAUAUAUUAUAAAUGGUUUUCGUUCAAUUCAUCAACCAUGGCCAUAUUAUUGGAAAUCAUUAUUUCAUAAACAUAAUGAAACAAUCAAUGUUUGGAGUCAUUUAUUAGGUAUUUUAUAUAUGGGAUAUUUACUCGUUUAUUAUUAUAGGAAAUUAAAUUUUUAUGAAAAUCCACAUUCAUGGCCAUUUGCUGUAUCAUUAUGUACAGCAAUAAUUAUGUUUAUGUGUUCAGCAUUUGCUCAUUUACUUCAUUCAAAAUCUGAAUCUGUUCAUAUGACAUGUUUUUUAGUUGAUUUUCUUGGUGUUAGUUUACAUGGUUUUGGUUCGGGUUUUAUUCAAAUAUAUUAUUCAGCACCCGAAUGGUUUUAUGAAAAAAUUGAAUAUCAAUAUAUAACAGUUCUUCUUCUAUUUGGAAUAUUAGCAUGUUUUCUUAAUUGUUUUGCACAAUAUCAUUUUCAUCGACCAUAUCCACCAUUAAAACGUUUUUGUCAAUUUUUUCCAUGUGGUCUCCUAUGGAUUUAUUCAAUAACUCCAUUAUGUAUACGUUUAUAUUCAUCAAAUAUAUCAUCAAAUCCAGCAUUAAUGUGUCAUUUAGCACAAAUUAUUUUAUUUGUUAUUGGUGCUACUCUUUUCGGUCUUGAUUUACCGCAACGUUUAUGCCCCGGUGCACUUGAUUUUAUUGGACAAGGUCAUCAUUUAUUUCAUUUAUGUAUUUAUUUUGUUACUGUUUGUCAAAUGCAUGGUGUCUAUUGGGAUUAUGAAGAAUUUCAAAGUAUUAUUGAUCAACGUAGAAAACCUGAAUUAAUAUUUUGUGCUGGUUCAAUGUUAUUUCUUGUUGCUUGUGAUUUUGUUAUAGUUUAUAUGUUUCGACGAAAGAUUCAUAAGAAUCAUCAUUUAGAUUAG